AUGAGUUAUAACUACACCACCCACAACUACUACAAUCAGAACUACACCAUCCACAACUACUACAAUAGAACUACACCAUCCACAACUACUACAACUCCAAAAACGGAUGGCUAUGUUUAUACUAGAGGUGGAUAUGUUUACCCGACGCCGUCGAAUGAAGUAACAAGGGUUGUGUCUACACCAGGAGAUACUUAUUUAACGCCGAAGGUAAGAACCACGACGCCUACUACAACCACUAGAUUUAGAACUACACCACCCACAACUACUACAAUCAGAACUACACCAUCCACAACUACUACAAUUAGAACUACACCAUCCACAACUACUACAACUCCAAAAACGGAUGGCUAUGUUUAUACUAGAGGUGGAUAUGUUUACCCGACGCCGUCGAAUGAAGUAACAAGGGUUGUGUCUACACCAGGAGAUACUUAUUUAACGCCGAAGGUAAGAACGACGACGCCUACUACAACCACUAGAAUCAGAACUACACCAUCCACAACUACUACAAUUAGAACUACACCAUCCACAACUACUACAACUCGAAAAAGGGAUGGAUAUGUUUACCCAACGCCGUCGAAUGAAGUAACAAGGGUUGUUAAAGUGUCUACACCAGGAGAUGCUUAUUUAACGCCGAAGAUAAGAACCACGACGCCUACAAUCAGAACUACACCAUCUACAACUACUACCACAACUACACCAUCCACAACUACUACCACAACUACCACUACACCAUCCACAACCACUACAAUCAGAACUACACCAUCCACAACUACCCAAAGAUUGAGAACUACACCGCCGACCUAUCUGCCACCGCACAAGUAUACAUAUCUUCCACCACCGCAACCUUCCACCACCUACAAACCUACGACGCGGAAGCCAAUUACGUAUCCACCAGUCAUUUAUAGUGUAUAUCCAACAAUAAGAACAACAUACCGACCAUAUAACUAUACUGGUACUCCGUAUUCACGACCGACCUUACCGCCACCCACGCCGACCAGACCUUAUAUAGGUUACGAAUAUCUACCUCCUAGGGAUUAUCUACCUGCCUUCGAAGAAAUCCCCAAACCUCAUAAAGAUUAUCUAUUUGCCUUCGAAACCCGCAAAUGAUGAGAACUGAUAACGCGAACAAUUACACGAGUUCAUUGUCGAUCAGCGAAAUGCAUAAACCUCUCUCUCUCUCUUAAAUCUUAAUAAUAUUAAUAUUAAUAAUAGCAAUAUUAUUUGAUGACCGAUGGUAGU